CCUCUCGUGUUCUUGUUGUACUGCUAAUGUAAAUCUUUGAAUAACAAAACGAUCAUUUUAGCCGAUAGAGAAAGGCGGGCACUUUGCUACUUAUUAUUAUUUGGAACCGGAUAUUUGGUUAUAAAAAGGAAGCUAGGAUAAGUAUGUUAUAGAUGAAAAUGUCCUGAUAGCUUGGCGACAUUGUAACUAAUAUUAUGUCUGAUAAUUUGUUGAGUAGGAAAGGUGUGACAGUAACUGUCAGCUUCGCCUUUUUUGACAUAACGUACAAUACUGACAACUGAUACCUGGUUCGCCAGUGUUUAAUCUUACUAAUAUCUAUGCUAAAUGUAGUAUUUGUCCCCUGAUAGUACAAUUAUACAUCAUCUAGACAUCACUCAUUAACUAACUAUUAGUAUAUGAUUUGGUACAAUUGCCAAAUAUUGGACCUUACCUGGCUUGGAAGGGGGUCUGGUCAUUUUAUUCCAGGUUUUAUUUCCUCAUGGCAAAAGAAGAAUGCAUUACUCAGAGGAACAAAACAGGGGACCCUUCAACACUACGAAACAGGAAAACCUUUCCCACUUCAGAAAAGACCCUCCGCACCCCAUCCACUCCUGUGUUGAAGGACAAAAACCGUCACACGACUGGACUCAAGCCAGAAGAUGACACCCAGUCCUCAAAUGGGACAUCUGCUCAGUUAUCGGCAAGAGGAAGUUUCAGUGACGAGCCACAGAACAAAGUGUUUCUGAUGUUAGUGGUGGGGCUGUCCCUCUCUACACGUCUGUACAAGAUAACAGAGCCCCCUCAUGUGUGCUGGGAUGAGACGCACUUUGGAAAGAUGGGAAGCUACUACAUCAACAGGACCUUUUUUUUUGAUGUCCAUCCGCCUCUUGGAAAAAUGCUGAUAGGUCUCGCUGGUUACAUGACCGGCUAUGAUGGCACCUUUCCUUUCAUAAAGCCAGGAGACAAAUAUGAACAUCACAACUACUGGGGCAUGAGAGGAUUUUGUGCUGUGUUGGGCUCCUUUCUCCCAGUCUUUGCCUACCUCAUAGUGCUGGAGUUGUCUCAGUCUCAAACUGCUGCUCUCAUCACUGCCACUCUGCUCAUAUUUGACACUGGCUGUGUCACCAUUUCCCAGUACAUCCUGUUAGACCCUAUACUCAUGUUCUUCAUCAUGGCAGCAGUGCUUAGCAUGGUCAAGUUCAGCCGGCAGAGGUACAGGCCUUUCACCGCCUCCUGGUGGCUGUGGCUGGUACUGACUGGUGUAAACCUUGCUGGGGCCAUGGGAGUGAAGUUUGUUGGUCUGUUUGUCAUCCUCCUGGUCGGACUGAACACAGUGUGGGACCUUUGGAGACUUCUGGGAGACCUCAGUCUAUCACUGGUGGACAUUGCAAAGCACUUCCUGGCUCGGGUUGUUGGGCUCAUCCUCCUCCCAGUCUUCCUCUAUGUGACAGUAUUUGCCAUCCACUUUGUUGUGUUGAACAAAAGUGGACCGGGAGAUGGCUUCUUCAGUUCUGCCUUUCAGUCCCGUUUAAUCGGGAACAACCUACACAAUGCAUCCAUGCCUGAGUAUCUGGCAUAUGGCUCCACCAUUACUGUGAAAAAUCUCCGUAUUGCUGGAGGCUAUUUGCACUCUCAUUGGCACUUAUACCCAGAGGGAGUGGGAGCACGGCAGCAGCAGGUGACAGCCUAUCUCCAUAAGGACUACAACAAUUUGUGGCUCGUUCACAGACAGAAUAAUAAUGAAUCUCAAUCUGGGACCCCUGACCUGGUUCGUCAUGGUGACGUCAUUCGAUUGGAGCACAAAGAAACAACUCGCAACCUUCACAGUCACCUCCAUGAGGCCCCAAUGACCAAGAAACACUUCCAGGUUACAGGUUAUGGCACUAAUGGCACAGGAGACGCUAAUGACCUGUGGCAGGUGGAGGUGUGUGGAGGUCAGAAGGGUGACCUGGUGAAGGUGCUCCGCAGCAAAGUCCGCUUUCUGCACCGAGCUACUGGCUGCGUGCUUUACUCCUCUGGCAAGACUCUUCCAAAGUGGGGCUGGGAACAGGUGGAGGUGACCUGUAGUCCCUACUUGAAGGAAACUCCAAGUUCUCAGUGGAACAUUGAAGAUCAUAUCAACCCUAAAUUGCCCAACAUUAGUCUGUCUGUGCUGAAGCCCCAUUUCCUGGAGAUCUUACUGGAGUCCCACAUUGUUAUGAUCAGAGGUAACAGUGGCUUGAAACCCAAAGACAAUGAGAUGAACUCAAAACCCUGGCACUGGCCCAUCAACUACCAGGGAUUGAGGUUCUCAGGAGUGAAUGAGACAGAGUAUCGUGUUUAUCUGCUGGGGAACCCUGUGCUCUGGUGGAUGAACCUGGCCAGUUUGGGAUUAUAUCUGAUCAUGGUGGCAGUGGCGUCUGUAGCCCUGCAACGAGGUUUCUCAUUGGGCCAAAAAAGAAUAGAGCACUCUCAUGUGCUUAUGAGAGGGGGAGGACUGCUUCUCCUCGGUUGGCUGCUUCACUAUGCACCUUUCUAUACUAUGGGCCGUGUCCUCUACUAUCACCACUACUUCCCUGCCAUGCUCUUCAGCAGCAUGCUAACAGGAAUUACACUAGACAUCCUAUUAAAAAGUGCUGACUUGCUGCUCCGCCCACCUUAUUCUGAUUGGUUGGAACGAGCUGGGCAGUUGGUCCUUCUGUUAACUGUUCUUUACAGUUUCUACCUGUUCCAUCCACUCUCCUAUGGCAUGACGGGUCCUCUGGCACACGAGCCGGGCAGCGCCAUGGCUGGCCUGAAGUGGAUGGACUCCUGGGAGUUCUAGUCAACUUUGCAUGAAGACAACACUAAUGAUAGGAUGUAUAGCAACUGCUCUGAAUAUGAGGGACUUAAAUGAAUUAUGUGUCUCACAGACUUGUGGUCUUAGCGUGUUUACACAUUGAAAUUAUUUUCAUAAGGUACUGACUAUACACACUGUUAUACUACCUGUCCAAGUAUUCAUGUUUCUCAAUAUUUCCAAGUAUUGUAGUGUAAAGAAAGCUUGACAACACAGACUUGAGUCAGAAUAUAUGAAAGCCAGAGUGUUGUGGAGUAUUUGAGAAUAAAGAUCCAGACACAUAUUCUUCACCAAGCUGCCUUAACUCACAACACAUCUUACAUCCUGAUCAUAGUGUGUACUGUAUGUGUCACAAUAAUGAGCAACAAUAAUAAGCUAAAGUGCCUGGAACUAGUGACAGAAAGGUUUAAUGCUGUAUCUCCGUACUCACCAGUUUAAAAAAACUUUUUGUUACAUAGUUAUAGGAUGUCAGAGAUAUCCUUUUUUUCCGUUUGCUGUUGUCUUGAUCUUAGUGUCCAUUAUUUUUGUAUUUCAUUAAGCCAUAGUGCUAUCCAGUACUGGCUUCUGUUUUGACACUAAGACUACUACUGACUCUCAGUGUUGUGUACAUUUUAAUGUGAUCA